AUAUGGCAAACAUAUCUGUUUUGAAGCUGUCAACUCUUGCCGUUGAUUGGUUAAUACAAUCAAAUCAUUUUGUGUUGAAGGCCAAUCGUAAAGCUACAAGCAUUCGUCGGAAAAAUGUCUUCGCGAGUGUAGUCUUGUGUUCCUUUCAAGAUUUUACAACCAUUUAUUAUCCAAACGCAGUUGCACUCGCUGUAAUAAUAACGACUUAACUUAUUUGUGUUUCAAUACCUCUGUUUAUAAGUGCUGCAGAUAUGGCUGACGAGAUGGAUCCUUGCGAGUGCCUGUGGAAUCAUGAGCUGGCGAUGCGUCGGCUUAUCUCUCUGCUCCGUCAAGGUCAGUCAUACUGCACAGAAAAUGAAUGCCUGGACGAGUUCCCGAGUCUACCAUCACCGCCGCAGUCGUCUGCAAACAGUUUCAUGGUGAUGUUCCUCAUGAUGGCUCUCGCACUUGCCAUGUACGCUAUGCGCCCGCGCCGCAACCAGAUACAAGAUUCUGCAAAGCCUUCGCGCAAUUCUCAGGAUCAUGACGGAGCACCUCCAACGCCUCCAAGAAUAUAAACUGAAGAGGUUUAUAAAGGGAUCACGCUAACAAUGAAUUCCAGUAAUUGUAUUAUAUAGUAAAUUGUACCGCACCAAGUUGUGGACACAAGAACGUCAUCACAACUAAUGUGUAGAUGAGUAAGAUCUUGUAUAGGUAUUAUGUACUGAUAAGUUUAUAAUAUAAACGAUUGGAAGUUUCGAAAAUGUAUAACGAUUCAUUUCGCUGUUGCUGCCUUGCCUUUGAAAUUUAACCUAGAAUAGGCGUCACAAUAAGAUCUUUGAAGUACGAUGGUUAUAAUGGUUCGGUCUCCUUUUACUGUUUCUUUUUUCCCGCUAUUUAUCAUCUGGUGCUAUAUUGUAUCAUCUAUUUAUUUAGACCAAUAAUAUAUGAGUAUUAUAACAGAUGUUUCAUUGUUCAUUCAGUUUGAUAAUAAUAUAAAAUAAAUAUAUUUAUAAAUAUUUUGCACAUAAUGCACAUGUUUAUUGCACUACAUAAAAAUAAUUACACAUUACGCAAGUGCAAUAAUAUUAUCAUACUUACCUGAAUCUGCAAUCAAGAUCUGAUUUUUGAAGUAUUACAAUGAAGCGAUGGUGAAUUUAGUCACGUUUUUACUGACGUAACGCGACGAAGUACGGAAUCAAUUGAAAGCAAAGACAUUUAGCUUGAAUUUGUAAUCAAAUGUCGUUUUGCAAUUGCAGUUAUUCAUAGUGCAGUACGUUGCUAUUGUACUGCCAGUUAUAUAAUAACGUUGUUGUUUUGAGAAUGUCACGCAGGUCCGCGCAACAUGGAAAAUUUAUGUCAAAAGGGUU